AUGGAACGCCCCCACCGUCCUCCGCCGCUCACGAUCCCCCCACCGCCCCGGAGCCGGACCCGAGUCCGGAGGCCUCGUCGUCCCAACGCACAACAGGCACGACAAUUCAAACGAUGGCUCCUCCGCGCCCAAAUCGCAAAUGACGUAGCGCACGUCGCCGCCGCCUCGAUUCUGUUAUGGAUCAUGUCCUGGUUUCUCUACAAUGUGUCGUUUCCCAUGUCAUAUCGCACAGGUCCCGCCGCCGUCGCCCUCAUCGCGAUCCUCUCCACAGAUAUCCUCCUCGACGCGCGCUCAAUAGUCCAUGCCCACGACCCCUGGCCAGGCUGGACCCUCCUCCUCCGCCUCCUCCUCGGCGCCCCCCUCAUCGCAAUCUUCUGGGUCUACAUUGCCCUCGGCGACGUCUUCGCGCCCGGCUUCACCUACUGGGGCAUGCCCGACACCUAUGGCCGCGUGCUGGCGUACAUGUUCCUCUGGGGCAUCGGGCUCUGGGACCUGUUUUUCGUCCUGCUGUGUCGGCACUGGCUGGGAAAGGAAGUCAAGCGGUACGGGAUCCGGGCGAGGCGUUUGUUUAGAGAGGUGAGAAGGGGGAGGAUGUCGCCGGGCGUGAGCGCGCAUCGGUUGGGUAGCGCGGGUGGGGAGGCGCCGGGGAGGGUUGCGAUUAUGGAUGUUGAGGCGGCGCGGCCGGUGGAUGAGGAGGAGGAGGGCGGCGACGGCGACGGCGGCGGUGAUGGUGAGAGGGUUGGGUUGCCGGUGAGGAUGGGGGUGAGGCGGGUCAAGAAUAGCGUGAGAGCGAGCGUUAAUUCCGUGGCGAGCGGGACGGGGACGGGUAAUGGGAGGGGGGAUGAGGAUUCAUCGCCGCCUCCGCCAGCGUUUAUGAGACCGGCAUGA